AUGUCUCGGAGCCUCGGGUCCCACGGUCGCUCUUCAUCGUCUUCAAUGGGCUCACGCCUGGCACUUCCCUUUCACCAUUUCUACUCCCUGUCUGGACAGCACCUCUCCUCCGAUGUCUUCUUUGAUCAGGACGCAAUGGAGAUUCCACGUCUCAUGUUCUUGGCACCUGCCUCGAUAAUGCGAGGAAACUCUUCCUGGACUGGCACCUCCCUAACACAGCGCCAUCUCAAACGCAGGCUCGGUUACGGCGUCCUAAGAUGCCGUCUGUUCAUCGCCGCCAUCGACUCUGCGUGGCAUUUAGACGAAAUGAGAAGCCGCUGCCAAGGUAUCGAUUCGGAAACAUACUGA